AUGGACUUGUCAUACUGUUCUUCUGUGACGCAGUUGCUGGCCCGAGACAUGGACAAUGACCCGCUGGUGUUCGGAGUGUCUGGGGAGGAGGCCUCCCGCUUCUUUGCCGUAGAGCCUGAUACAGGUGUGGUGUGGCUGAGGCAGCCGCUGGACAGAGAGACCAAAUCUGAGUUCACAGUGGAGUUCUCUGUCAGCGACCACCAGGGGGUGAUCACACGGAAGGUGAACAUACAGGUUGGGGACGUGAACGACAACGCACCCACAUUUCACAACCAGCCCUACAGCGUCCGCAUCCCUGAGAACACGCCGGUGGGGACGCCCAUCUUCAUCGUGAAUGCCACAGACCCCGACCUGGGUGCAGGGGGCAGCGUCCUCUACUCCUUCCAGCCCCCCUCCCCGUUCUUCGCCAUCGACAGCGCCCGCGGCAUUGUCACAGUGGUCCGGGAGCUGGACUACGAGACCACGCAGGCCUACCAGCUCACCGUCAAUGCCACGGAUCAAGACAAGACCAGGCCUCUGUCCACCCUGGCCAACUUAGCCAUCAUCAUCACAGAUGUCCAGGACAUGGACCCCGUCUUCAUCAACCUGCCUUACAGCACUAACAUCUACGAGCAUUCUCCUCCGUGGUCCAUGGACAGCAGGUCCUCCGGCUUUUGA